GCUGCACAAACAAAAACACAAACAAAGCCAGCCAGCAGUGAACAACCACCCACGCCUCAAGCACGCACCCCACACGACGCGAUGGAGGAGGCGGCAGCGAAGAAGGCCAAAGCAGCGGAGACGCGGGCGUUUCCCCGCAUCAAGGAAGUGCGCGCGUUUGUGCAACACAAGGAGAAAGGUGAUCAGGGCGCCGACUGCCACGAUGUGGACGAUGAGCACUGGAUCAACGGGUAUCCCACCCCAAUCGCCCACCCCAUGUCCUCUUACCCGCUCUACGCGGCCAAGCGCAAGUCGUGGGGCAUCAACGCGCUUGGCUCCGUUGUCGUCGAGGUGGAGUCCGAGGAUGGUCAAGUGGGCGUUGGCGUCUCCAUUGGCGGGGAGCCCGCGUGCUUCAUUGUAGAGCAUCACCUUAGCCGCUUCGUCGAGGGCCAGGACCCGCGUGAUGUCGAACUCAUGUGGGACCAGAUGUACAGGGCGACUGUCAACUAUGGGCGUAAAGGCCUUCCCCUGCAAGCCAUCAGCGCUGUUGAUCUUGCCAUCUGGGAUCUGCUUGGAAAGAUCAGAAACGAGCCCGUGUACGCCAUGCUCGGUGGAAAGACAAAGGACAGGCUACCAGUGUACAUGACGUGUUCCCGCCCAGACUGUGCAAAAGACCUCGGGUUUGUGGGCGCGAAGGUUCCGUGUCCGUACGGGCCUGAUGCAGGCGAUGAAGGCUUGCGCAAGAAUGUGGCGUUCUUUCGCAAGUGGCGUGAGACUGUCGGACCGGAAUUCCCGCUCAUGCUUGACUGCUACAUGGCCCUCUCCGUGCCUUAUGCAAUCAAGCUGGCGAAAGAGCUGCAGCCAUACGGGCUCAAGUGGAUGGAAGAAUUCCUGCACCCGGAUGACUAUGACGGGUACGAGGAGGUGAAGCGUGCGCUGGCGGGAACAGGGAUUAUGCUCACAACUGCAGAACACGAAUACACCAGAUACGGGUUCCGCGAGCUGAUCAAGCGCAAGGCGGCAGAUGUGCUGCAGCCGGACAUCACAUGGAUGGGCGGCAUCACGGAGGCGCGACGGGUGGUGGCCAUGGCUGCUGCUCACGACAUCAUCGUUAUCCCGCACGGCUCCAGCGUCUACUCGUACCAUCUGCAGUAUGCGUUCAAGAACUGUCCACUUGCAGAGUACAUCAACCUGAGCCCAAAGUCUGAUCGCAUCGUUCCGUAUUUCGGCGGUCUAUUCCCAGAUGAACCCCUGCCCAAGGACGGGUUCAUUGACUUGCCGGACAAGCCCGGCUUUGGCGUUUCGCUCGACCGCUCCCGUCUCCGCCGCCCGUACACACGCACAGGGGAUGAAGUUACUACAAACUUCAAGCGAAAUGCAGAACGCGCAAUGCCAACAGUCGCAAAGCUUCCAUUUUAACGCGACACGCAUGCGUUCACACACACACACACACACACACACACACACACACACACACACACACACACACACACACACACACACACACACAUGGACACGUUCAGAUUUUCUUUCCUUUUCUGCUUUUGUUUCGUUGAACUGUUUAUGAAGGGCGCACAGGUGUUAUGCACAACAGAAGAAAUGAAGCAAGAGCAGCCACGAGCAAGAACAGGCCAGCCAGCGUGGUAGCGCAGGCGUGAGUGUGCGGCUGUUGCAACCUUGUUUGUGUGUUGUUGACUGGAAUGAACAACAAGGAGAACAAACCCAUUGGAUUGCAUGUGUGCUGUGGAGUUGUGUAACGCAAAAAGGAAGAAACAAAACAGAGACCAAAAGCAACCCGCAACUCAAGUAAACAAGGCCAG